AUGGAUAGGCAACCAACUCAACAGCAGCAUCUGCUGCAGCCUCACCAGCAGCAACAAAACCAGUACCCGCGCCAGCAGCAACAACAGCAACCCAACCACCCUCAAAGGCAGCAACUGCACCAUAUGCCGCCGCAUCAACAACACCCUCAGCAACAUCAGCAAGAAGAACAACGCCAACGCAUAGUGAUACAGAAAGAAGCCUCUGUCCUCUCCCACCGAGCAGCGAGUCUACCACCCUCCACCAGGCAGGCAUCCCCUCGUGUUCCAGCUCAAAGCAUUCCCAACCACAUCCAGCAACAGCAGAACCAGCAAAUGCAUCAGCAGCAGAGACAGCAAAUGCUUCACCAGCAGCUCGGUGGCAACGGCCUUGCAAUGAGACCCACACAGACGCAGCAGCAACUUCCGUUCGCUGAACAAUACAGGCAGCAAAUGGCAGAGUCUCAGAAGGGGGAAAUUAUCGAGGCCCCACUUCUAACUGGCCCAGCAGCAGGGGCCUCCCGCUUUGAUGUAUUCCGAGGCCCCUCCCCUUGCUACUCGAACCCCCCUGUAUACCCCUCCUUCCCAUUGUCAGGCGCGGCAUCAUCAACGCUCCAGCACCAGUGGCAGCAGCAGCAACAGCAGCAGUGGCAGCAGCAGCAGCAGUGGCAGCAGCAGCAGCAGUGGCUGCAGCAGCAGUGGCACCAACAGCAGCUGAUGCAGAUGCAACAGCAAAUAAGGCCCCUCUAUGGAGCCCCUGGGUGCGCCGAGCCUAUGAAGCCAACCAGUGCGAUGCUGCGUCCGACCCAGCUGCUUCCUAUGCGGCUGCUAGGAGACCUCCGGCUGUACGUCCCCCACCGCGAACCCUUUUUGGGAGAAGGCGGAAGCGUGCACAUGUACCUUCUGGGCAAGCAGGUAAAGCACUCUGUGGCUACAGACGAGGCGGAGGAGUGCACCCGAGACGUUCUGACCCUCAUUGAGGCCAGGGAGGUUCCCGCAGAUAGCACGAUGCCCCUGCUCAUACACGACGGCCGUGUGGUCUGCGGAGGCCCUGAGGUAUGCCUUCGAUAUUUGGCCAAAAAGCUCGGGCAGUACGGCAGCGAUCAUCUCAAGGACGCACUGCAAGACAGGCUGCUGAUGGACCUCAAUACUUGGUUCAAUGUUCAGCAAGCCGCAGUUCAGUCCAUUCUCUCUCCAGAUUCGGUGGCUAAGGAUGCCGUCAGCGACUACCUUAAGAGCCGGCGUCAUUUCUACCUGGAAGCCGAGAAGCUCUUAUCGUUUUUCAACAACAAAUACGCGUCCGCAACGCAGCAGGGGCUUGAUGGCUCGCUGAGGGCCCCCAGCGUCACGCUUGACGCCUCCAUAAGAGGACCGAUGGUUACACGACUGCAUCCUUUCUUUCUUGGGGAAGAAGACUCCCUGGCAGACUAUUUUCUCUUCUCGCUCAUUGACGACGAUCAGAGGAUAGCCGAGUGUCUUAUCAGCAGCGGCAGCGAGGGAUGCUCCAGUGGAGAGCAAAAGCAGCAACAGCAACAGCAACGGCACGGAGACUCUGAAACUUCAGAGGUGGAAAUGCACUACUUCAACGAAACACCUCACCUGCACGCCCUCUACGUGUCUCUGCUGAACCUGCCUCUUAUACAGGAGGCGUUGCUCUCAAACGACAGUCAGGAAACAGCAGCAGAAGCAACACCAGGAACAGCAGCGGCAACUGCACCUGACGAGGAAAGCCCAGAUGUUUCCGGGCGACCAAAGGAGCGUAUGGUGCCUUGCGUUGCUACGGAGGCCUCCACUGCUGCGUCCGUUAGCGACUCACCCCUGCAACACCUGCAGCGGCAGCAGCUGCUGCAGCUGCAACAGCAGCAACUGAAGCAGCUACAACAGCUGAGCCUAACUGGAUCCCUCGUCCAGUGUGGGGAAGGGCCCCAGCCUUACUUCUUACCACCUGUGGGGGGCAGCUACUGCCUACCGCGGACCCCUGGAGCUGCUGCAGCGCUGCACACCACCCUGCCCGGGGGAGUUUCAGGGGGGAUCAUUGGUGGUCCCUGUGCCUUUUCCAGCGGUGCUGGCUACAUGCAACACAUGAUGCCUCCGCAGGCAGCAGCCGCAGGGGCCCCUUAUAGUGGGACAUGCGCGGGGGCCCCAUGCUACUGGCAACCCCUGACACCUGGGGGACCGCCACAACGCCAGCAGAACGUACAGACAGCAGAAUGCAACGCUUACACAGCCGUGAAUCCUGGUAAUGGUCAUGCACAGCAGUUGCAGCUGCACCUCCAGCAGCAUGCAGGCCAGAAAGGGCCCAGCAUGCCUCAUGCGCAGCAGCCGCAGCAACACGCAGCCAUGAACCCACCCCACUGCCCUUCCCCGCAGAUAGCUGUCGGAGGCGAUCUCGGGGGAGCUGCCAAAUGA